GCAUCUUCGUCGGGAUCAGAAGAAGAGUAUCCCUCCGUCGAUUAAAUUAAUCUCCGAUUUGAUUGAUCCGACAAUAAUCAAUUGCAGUUUAAUAUCAAGGGGGGGAAAUAUUCUUGUGGCAAGAACUAAGAAGCAAUCCCACAUUAAACAUGGUGUACCACUCUAGAAUUGUGGAUUUGAAGGGAGUUAGCAAAGCUUGUGGUUGUCCCCUACUUCCUCUUAAGAACCAAACAAGUAACCAAACAACUGGACAUGGACAUGCUCAUACUCAUGCUCCUCGUCUCUCUGAUCAAGGGGAAGAUAUUGUGGAUGAAGCAAUAAAGUUGUUUAGAGCAAAUGUGUUCUUCAAACACUUUGAUUUGAAAACUCCUGCUGAUAGGAUUCUUGUGUAUUUAACAUUUUAUAUAAAUGUGGCACUGAAGAGGCUGGAAGGUUGCAGAACUUUGACUGAAGGGACAAAAGCCAUUAAGAACUUGAGUUUGGAAGAUGUUUAUGUUCCUGGAGAACCUGCUUUUCCUUUUUCUGGAAUUUUUCCUCUUCCAGGAAGUAAAAAGGAAGCAGAGGUAAUUCGAGAUUAUUUCAAGGUAAUAAGGGAGGAAACAAAUAAAAGAUUGUUAAACGUCGCAUAUAGAGCCAAUGGGACUCCAAACAAAUGGUGGUUAGCAUUCUCCAAACGUAAGUUCAUUAACAAUCUCAUUGUUUAGACUCUUUUAUACUCCAUUUAUCACAUAGUAUUAUUAUUCUAAAUUAUUCCUCAAUUUAUCUAUUCAUAUUACACAUGUUCC